AUGUCUACUAUUCGAGAGGGAUUAAUUCAUGCAACAAUCAAUAAAGCAAUUACAUUAAUUGAUUAUAAUAAUUACGAUAGUGUACACAAACAAUUUGAAUUUGUAAAACAAACGAUUCUUGCUGAUAAUUCUCUUACAAAUGAUGAAAAAAUUGAAGCAAUAAGUUCAUUUAAUAAAGAUUGUAAUCGAGAAAAAAUUGUUCGUAAUGAAGGGACAAGAAGAAUUUGUGAAACUUGUAACCAAAAAUGUUUGGCUAUAUCAUAUUGUGAAUAUUGUGUCCAAAAUUAUUUAAAAACAAAAUUUUCAAGUUGGUCAUCUGGAAAUAAUAAUAUUGAUAAUUUAAUACAAAAAUGUCAAAUUGAGUCACUUAUGCCAGAUAUGAUAGUUGAAUGGAUUCCAUAUAAUAAUUUACAAAAUAUUGAAUGUCUAACCAAAGGUGGAUUUUCUGAAAUUUAUACAGCAACUUGGAUUAAUGGAGGAUAUGAAGAAUUGGAUUCUGAGAAUCAUCAAUUACAAAGAUUUGGAACUCAUCAUGUAAUACUAAAAGAGUUAGGAAAUAUUGAAAAUGCAAGUCAAAAUUGGUUUGAAGAGGAUUUAAUGUUUAAAUUAUAA